AUGCAUUUCGAUAUUGUCGUCGAGCUAUUCAUUGCGGCAUUCAACGAGGUUGGAGUUCAUCCAGCGGUAACUGGAGAAGUGGGCCAUCUUUUGCGAAAGACUCGUCGCGAAGUGACUUCCGGAUUCACAGUCCGAGCCGAAGUCGCUCGGCGCGCCAACGAGCGAGGCUUGGAUGCUCUCUACGAGAAACUUAUAGGAGACAACAACGACCUAGUUCCCUUCAUAGAGCGUUUGAUGGACAUCAUCUCCUUGGACCGGCGCAUCUCAUGGGCGUUCGAGGACCGAGACAUCGAGACACUGCAAGAAGGACUGCUCUACUAUUUCUCUGAUGUCUUGGGCGGUCCCCUGACGUACAAGGGAAAGAACCUCUCUGUUAUACAUCGUCCGUUGGAGCUCAACGAUUUCCACUUCGACGCUUUUUUGAUGGACAUUGAACGCACUCUGUCAAGUGUUGGCGUAGAUGAUGACACGGUAGAUGAGGUCAUCGUCAUUCUGGAGCCUCAGCGAGCGAGCAUCCUAUCUGGGCAAAAGAAAAAAAUUGAGUCCGGUGCGCGUAUUGUGGACGGAAAGAACCUUCUCGAACGAAUUGGUGGAGAAAUGACUAUCGAAGCUGUCGUCGAUACGAUGUUCAGCGCACUCCAGUCCGACCCUCGAGUUAAGUUCUUUUUCCACUUGGACGCUUCUCGAAUACGACAGAUAAAAAUCCGCUUAGUUCAGCUCCUCGUAGGAGCCAGCGGAGGUCCAAAGUUGUACGAAAUUGCGAGAUUGAAACCGGCCCAUUUCCACCAUAACAUAACUGACUUCCAUUUUGACGCGCUGUGUGAAAAUUUACGAGUCUCAUGUGAAGUGACCGACAUCACACCUGCAUUCACCGAUGAGCUCAUGGAAACGAUUGAGAAAUUGCGCCAGGAAAUCACCAGUGGAUGCACUAUUCGUCUCGAAAUCGCCCAUCGUAAAACGGAGAGUGCCGGGACAGCCAGUCUCUACUCACAGCUCGGAAGAAAGGACGGCAUCGUUGAGUUUGUCAACAAGCUUUUCAAACGUUUGCAUGCCGAUCCACGCAUAUCAUAUUUCUUCGCGGGCUCUAAGACGGAUAUCAUCAAGGAGAAGCUCAGUCUGUACCUUGAUCAGAUUUUCGGUGGAGCCAUAACGAAUCUAGUUACCCGAGUAUACGAACAGGCUAUCGUCGAUACUCGUCUGCGGUCAUUUUUCGAGAAAAACAAAGCAAAAAUACAGUCGAUCAAGAAAAAGAUGUCGCAGUACGUUUGUGGUUUGGUCGGUGGUCCUAUCAAGUAUGAUGAAGCCGACCUUCAACCAGCACAUUACGCUAUCAACAUCACCAACUUCCACUUCGAUGCGAUCCUUGAACUCUUCAGAGGCUGUCUAACUGGAGACAAUAUCGACAGACCAAUUGUCCGAGAUUUCCUCAAAGCCUUACAGCCAGUGAGGAGGCUGGUUACAACAGGGUUCACAUUGCGCAGCGAACUGGCAAAGCGGAACCUAGAGAAAGGCCGAGACCAGCUAUUCAAGAAGUUGGGCGAGAGCGACGGGAUCAUUGCUCUCAUUGACAAGCUCUUCGGCGUGCUGUUAGCUGAUACGAGAGUAAAUGACUUCUUCGCGAACAGGACAGAAACGAAAGUUGACUCUAUCAAAAAAGGGAUCGCGACAGUUCUCAUUGAGACCUGGGGUGGCCCGAAGACCUACCAAGGCCGUGAGAUUGCGAACAUCCAUCGAGAUGUCGGAUUGAACGACUAUCAUUUCGAUGCAUUUCUUGCUGACCUACAAAAGGCUCUGAUGGGAGCCGGAGCGGAUGAGCAACUCAUUGACGAGGUUAUUGUAACUGUUGAGCCCUUGCGACAGGGCGUACUCGGCCGGAAAGAUAGCAAUGUGACACAGUUAGCGCACAAGGACGGCGUGGCACUCAUAGAACGCUUGGGUGGUGACCUCAACCUGGAAAGUGUUGUGGAGAGCUUGUAUGAGAGAUGUCAGGAGGACACAAGAACGAAAUACUUCUUCGACAAGGGCAAGGCCAAAGCCAGACAAGUCAGAAUGAAGAUGUACCAGCUGCUCAGCGGGCUCUUUGGUGGACCAGUUCAAUACGACGUGGCCAACCUGAAGCCUGCUCACUAUGCUAUGGACAUCAGAGACUAUCACUUUGAUGCUGUCUUACAGCUCGCUCAAGAAGUCAUGAAGUGA